AUGUCAUUAUUACAGUUUAUAUGUAAUGUAAUUAUGUUACGGAUUUUCGAAUUUUUUAACGGGAUGGAGCCAGAGGUUUUUCUGGGUGGUGUGGUGAGGAAUAGGCGUAAGACAAUGCCCCACCAAAUAAAUGGGAUUAUCGAUGGUUCAAUCAGAAUCCUAGAAGCAAUCCUCCACUCGUCGUUUUUUGAAAAUCUAGUGCCAGGAGCGCGCGGAUGGCUACAAAGCAAAAUGGCCGACAAUUGUGAUGUUGACGAGUUAUCUUUAGAAGAAGAAAAAUCUAAGCAAAAUGGACAAGUUUAUUUUGAAAAAGUGCAUGAAGUCCUCACCGUGAUGGGCAAUGAUAUUGAAGAAUUUGACGUAAUUCCAUCGGUGAAACCAGUCGAAGGCAAAAGUCUUCCAUAUAUUCGUGAGACGAACAGACUUGGAGUAUUUUCUUGGUGUGUUAAAGAACUAUUUUCGUACACAUACGAGCAGCUAAAGGCUACGGAUAGAGAAAUGCUUACUAGGGAUCGGGAUGAGCUCAAACAAAAAGGAGUCCAUUUGUUGGCAUUAAGUCGCGUUUGUCUCCUUUUGCAUUCUGAAGAUUAUACUGUGUGGAACAUUCGGAAAUUGUACGUUUCGAUACAAGCAACGGAAGAGUUGUGGAGAAACGAACUCGCCUUCACCGAAUUAGUACUCACAAAACAACCACGCAGUGCCGAGACCUUCACACACAGACGUUGGCUAUUGAAAAGAGGACAUUUGCAGUGGAAAUAUUUAAAAACUGUCGACAUUCAAAAAGAGUUCGAGCUAACGCUUGCAUGCGCCGAAAGAUAUCCUUGUAACUACGUUUCUUGGGAUCAUCGAUGUUGGCUGUCGGGAUAUUUCGUGCAAGGCGAUGUGACUUGGCUCGAAACGGAACUUAUCUCGACAAAGGAUUGGCUAUGGCGUCACGUGUCUGAUAAUUGUGUUUAUCACUAUAGACAGCACGUGUUGAAAUUGCUGCUCGAGUCGUGUUCGAAAAUGAAAGUGCUGUAUCAUCUUCGGGAGGAAUGGACGUUAACACUCGAAGUUUCGACAUAUUAUCCUUUCUACGAGACUUUAUGGUAUCACAGGAGAUUCCUGAUCGCAUUUUCCUCCUCGCACUUUCCAUCCAAAGACUGUCGGUCUGCUGACAUCUGCAGGGAGCUGUUGACUCGGUUAUUGAACGACCUUGGUUGCCAAACGUGUUCUUCAGAAGAUCGCUCGCGAGGUAUUAAAAAAGUGGAUACACGUCGAGAGGCAGCGAAGGGUAGUUCGAGCACAUUUCUUCGAAAUGAUUUGGAAAUUUCUCAGGAAAUGAUGGAGAAGGUGAACGGUACUUCCGUGCAAGGCUUAAGACAAUGCGCUCUUCUCAAGUCGCAUUUGUCGUGGUUGAGACAAUUUUAUGUCGGGUGAUUUGACUCGAGGACGUGCGAAUAACAAGUUUUGUUUUCAUUGCAUCAUUUUUAACACUGAUA